AUGUUCGCCCAACAAUACGACCAUUCGUUCAAUGACUUGUUCAACCAAUACGUCAACAUGGAAACUAGUGCCGCUGAUGGAAAAGACUCGGCGUUGUCCGAUUUUGACCAGCUCUUUCCGCUUGACUCGCUGUCAAAUGACUGUGGCGAUCUUGCACCCACUGUCUCCACUCCCAAAUGCCAUCAAUCACCGCAACCCUGGAGUAAUGAGUGGUCCCUGCAGUAUGACGGGCCUGCUGCCGAUCAUUUUGCUUUCCAUGACACCGUCCAUCCUUCUGCCAUCUCAGAUGUCAACCUGAACCACUUUGAAGUUCCCUCUCGUCCUACAGCAACACACGCUCUGUCUAUCUCGCCUUCUACCCCUCCAGCUACUCCUAGACGGAAGCCUACCCAGAGUGCUCUCAUCACUCCCAAAACCAUCCGCCACCGCAGCCCGAAUGAGCGUCGCUCUCAUCUGCGCAAGCAAAGUUUCUCCCCUAGCUUAAUGCGCUCUUCCAACCUAUCCAAAUCAAGAAUGGCCUAUCCUGAGGCUUGGGCCCAGCGACUUCAGAACUUCAGCCUUCACAAUUCCGAAGAUCGUUUGCCACUGUCGCCUCCUCCAUCGGAUGCCCUCCUUCAGCAUGAGAACAUGCCUACCGAACAAAUCAUGAACCAGCCUAGAGACUCGACAGAGAUGCCUCCUCAGUACGACGCAAGGCUAUAUCACCAGUCUCCCUCAGUUCCAAUGCAGUCGCCGAGUAUCGCAAUGUCAGCGCGGCAGCAACAGCACUACAUUGCUCACCCAAGCUCUUCCGCCUUGACCAACUCCAGCCCUUCUUCCGCUGAUGAUAUCUUCUCCUCAUCUCACUCAUCCGACCUCCAUUCUCUUUCCUCUUGGCAAUCCGAUUCUCUCCAUGCCUCAUCCCUACCUUUCACCCCAGACCUCCAAGGCCAGGAUUCUCAAUGGUGGUCCCCCAUGCCUUCUCGGGUCGCUCAACAGCAGGCCGCUUACCUCGCAUCUCCCACACCUGUCCGCCACAUGCAAAACGUUGGAAGCCAAAAUGACAUCAUGCAAGGAGGACUAAUGAUUCAAUUCAAUCCCUCAUAUGACAUGUCGGCAGACAACUCAUUCUCAUCUAAUAUGCUCCCUACCACCUCUCAAAAAUUCGACACCUCCUUCACCUCCUCCCAAGUCCACGACAUCCGUUCAUCAUCAUCUCUCUCCCCUAAGACCGGCACAUCCCCCAGGGACACCCACCAUGGAUCCAUUUCCAAGCCCACCCACCGCCGCACACACAGCCGCAAGCUCUCCAGCCAGAGCAUGAAUACCCCCAAGCCCGCCAAGGCCCCUAGCUCCUCGUCCCGAGGCUCAAACAAAUCUGUCAGCGUAUCGUUCGUCAACUUUACCGCUGACGAUAGCAAGAAGAUCCUGACCGGAGUUGCUCCCUCCGGCAGUUCCAAGACCAAGGCUCGCCGCGAGCAAGAAGCCCGCGAUAGACGUCGCAAGCUGAGCGAAGCCGCAUUGAGAGCUGUUCGCAGCGCUGGCGGCGACGUCGAAGCCCUCGAAGCUGUUCUCUGUUAA